AUGCGUGAUCCGUGCUUGAUUGAGUGGGUCGUACGCCGUACAUGGGAGUACAUCAACCCUGCAAGCGGGUUCCACGGCGUAGUCAAGCGCUUCAAGAAGUACGUCGUGACGCAUCGUAGCUUCGAACAGGGGCGCUUCAGCGAUGGCGAGACCGAUGCGCUCGUCUACAAUCUGGUCUGUCGCCUGAGCUACGGCGACAUGCUACUCAAGGUGCCGGAUAAGCUCAACAAGAAUCCGAACGAGCACUCUCGGGUCGAAAAGAUCGUCGAACAGGCAGACGGCAUCGGCGUUUACCGUGUCGACCAGAUCUACGUCGUCACAUACGAGGGACACGAGUGGGCGAAGCAGCGCGCCAAGCUGAAGGUCCAGCGCAAUGCCGAGGGGGUCGCGUUCUUCGAGCGCACAACCAAGGCGGGAAAGAAGGUGCAGGUCCUCUUUGACGACGAGGACUGGAAUUCCGUCAAGGUGCAGGCGUUUGACCUGGUGCUAAGACGGCAAGAGCGCAUCCAGAUCCGACCCCUCGGCGGCGGCAUCGAGUUUCUCUCUCGCGCUGGUUGCUCCGCGCAGACCUCAGGACGCAAGUUGCUGCCGAGACGGAACGAAAGCGGCUAUAUCGGCGUGUAUCUGUUGGCCAAUAAGACCUACCGCGCCGCUUGCUUUGUCAAGGGCGAAAACCGAACGGUGGGAAGGAACUUCGCGGCGCACGAGCUGGACGAGGCGAUCGAGAUCUACGAUCUCGUUUCGUUCUACCAGCACGGUCCUGGUGCGCUCGUCAACCGCCCUGACAUGAUCUCGCGCUAUCUGGAGAUGCUCGAGCUGGACGAAACGGAGCAGCGCACGCCCCUACCCGACGACUUUACCUGUCCAAGCCACCUGCAUAGCACGGCGGGUUCGUUGGAUGAGCCAAUCCCGCUGAACCUUGUGGUCCAGAUCAUCAAGAACAAGGGCACGAAGAAUACGGGUAAGACGUCGUUCCGCAAGUUGAUUGUGGAUGUUGGCGAUGGCCAAAGAACUCUUCUCAAAGCCUACAAGGACUCCGACCUGUGCCACAUCUAUGGCGAAGAGUCGCAGCUCAUGAGAGGUGCAGUGGCGAUGCUCAAGAACCUGCAGUGCAGCAAGUCGUUGGAAAAGACGCAGCUCAUCCAUAACAAGGAAUUGUUGGUCUUGCCGCUGCCUUCGGGAAGAGGGAAGGCGAAGGCAGCCCCUCUGGGCGGACUCACGUCCGACCCGGGGAACAGGCAUAGGCGGCUCCGCCACAUGGAAGGAUGUCCUCGGGUGGCAUCAGGCAAUGGAGAGAAGGCGCCCAUCCAGAAAGGCCGUGCUCAUCGCCGACAUUCCCGAUCUGCAGAUACGAUCUCGACCGCCCUCAUGACACUCGCAGGAGACGUCACAAUGCAUCAAUGA